AUGGAGGCAGGGGGAGCCCAGCCCGGGGACAACUGCAGCCAACACCUGCAGCAGGACAGACGGCAGCGACAGCCCCUUGGCACGCUGGGGCGGGCAGUGCCACCUGGCGUGCACAGCGUGAGCAGCCACGGUGUGGCCAGCAGCACCCCCAGCGCGGGCACACACCGCCCCCUGCCGGCCCCAGCGCUGCCCGCAGCCGAGACCCCCGGGCUGAGACCCCCAGGCCGAGACCACCGGGCUGGACCCUCCUGCCCGCACCCGUUCUGCCCCAGGGGUGGGCAGCAGGACGGGCAGCAGGAUGGGCAGCAGGACGGGCAGCAGGGUGGGCAGCAGGACGGGCAGCAGGACGGGCAGCAGGGUGGGCAGCAGGAUGGGCAGCAGGAUGGGCAGCAGGACGGGCAGCAGGAUGGGCAGCAGGGUGGGCAGCAGCGUGGGCAGCAGGGUGGGCAGCAGGAUGGGCAGCAGGACGGGCAGCAGGGUGGGCAGCAGGACGGGCAGCAGAAUGGACAGCAGGGUGGGCAGCAGGGUGGGCAGCAGGGCGGGCAGCAGGACGGGCAGCAGGGUGGGCAGCAGGAUGGGCAGCAGGACGGGCAGCAGGAUGGGCAGCAGGCCCCGGGCACUGCCCGUGCCCCCCAGCCCCGGGCACUGCCCGUGUUCCCCGUGCCCCUGCUCCGGGCACUGCCCGUGCCCCCGUGCCCCACAGCCCGGCUCUUUGCCCCAGGCGUGCCCCGCGGCCCUCGGGGCCACGAACGCUCACGGGCUCCGGCACCGCGGAACCGGAUCCCGGAGCGCAGCGGGGACCGCCCGGUGCCGGGGUUGGCGCUGCCAGCCCGGCCUCCCUCGCUCCUUCGGGAGCCGCCGCCAGCCUCCCCCGGGAUGCGCUGGGGCAGCGCCGCCCGCUGCGGCUCCCUCCGGUGGGCAUCCCUCCCCAGAGCCGCCCCGCUGCCCUCCCCGGUGCCGCCGGGCGGGGGUGCCCCGGUGCCGCCGCCCCCGGUAACUCACGCGCUCAGACGGCCCCGCCGCGGCGGCGCAGGGCGGCCGCGGGUCCCCGCCCGCCGAGCGGCAUCUCCCGGCGGCGGCUCGGGCUCUCGGCGCUGCCUCGGGCUCUCCGGGCUCCGCGCUCACCGGGCCGCCUCGGGCUCUCCGGGCGCUGCGCUCACCGGGCCGCCUCGCACGCGGCUGCGUCCGCGCCACCGGAGCCACCGAGCGCGCGCGCCCGCCCCCGGCCCCGCCCCGCGGCUGCCGCCCCCCGCCCGGGCUCCCCUCCCUCCCUCCAUCCAUCCCUCUGCGGGGAGACCCGGGUGGGAUGGGGGGCUCGGGACCCUCUGCCCGCUCCGCACACGCUCCCGCCGCUGCGCCGCGAAAGGAGCCGCGUUUUGUCCGUUUCUGCCCCAAAACCGAGCCUCCAGCAGCGGCCCCGGCACCGAGCGGGCUGCCCGGGGCUUCCUCCCGAUCCUCCCCGUCCUCAGCAGCACCGGCACCGCGGGUGGCGAGGAGCAAAGAGCCCCGGACAAGCCGAAGCAGGGACACUGA